UUAUCCAGAAUGUUUUACGUGGAUUCUCAACGUACGGUUACACGUCGUGAAAGUUCUUUGGUAACGCAUAAACGGACGGGCCUGGAAGGUGAAUUUGACGCAUGGUCUGCAGUAAGAGGUCAAUCUACUGUGCCACUUAAUAGUGAUUCUUCGGCUUCUAUAUCAACUCGCCCCAAAGGUUCCAUCCGAAAAGAUAUAAUUACAAUGAUGUUCGAUGCCAUGUUAGAAAGCAUUGUAGAGUCGUGGGAAACUAUUCCAACAAAGGGAGAGGACAGCUCUCGUUUCGAUUUUGCGACCAGGACAACGAGUGACACAACGUUCAUGGGCGGGAAAAAGAAAAAAGCUACAACAAAAGGAUCUAAAAGUAAACGAAGCCGAUCAAGAAUUGAAUUUGGGAUGGACUCUAUCCAAACGGUUUGGUGGGCUAUCCCUGAUGAAAAAGCCAUUAUUAAAUUUCGCAACGGCAAUUUCUACGAAGGAAGCAUAUCUUCUAAAUGUAUGCACGGAGAAGGUCGUUUUGUUUGGAGUGACGGAACUACUUAUUUGGGUCAAUUUAAAGACAAUGAAAUCAACGGAAAGGGUGUGCUUCACUGGAAAGAUGACACGUGGUAUGAAGGAGAGUUUGUUGGUAACCUGCGCCAUGGUAAUGGCAUAUAUGUAGACUCCCGUACCCAACGUUCCUACGUGGGCGGGUGGCACUGUGGAACUAAACACGGAGAUGGAGUCAUUUACUAUUCUCAUAACUUCAAGAAUUCCUAUGAUGGUCAGUGGAUUCAUAAUGAACGAUUCGGGUACGGUUCUCGGGAGUACGAUGAAUCAAGUGGAUAUAAAGGAGACUGGGACAGAAAUAUUAGGCAAGGGAAGGGAUUAAUGAUAUGGCCAAACCACGAUUUUUACCGUGGUGAGUGGCAUAAUGGAGUUAUGUCCGGUUACGGAAUUUACAUAUGGGAAACUUCUUAUAAUAACACAAUGUCAGUGCCUUCUAUAAAUUCAUUUUGUGGUACAUGGGAAAAAGGUCAACGCCAUGGCUAUGGUACUCUUCACCUCGGAUUGGGCUUAGGCUCGCAUUAUAAGGGCGAGUUUAAUAAAAAUAAAAAGCACGGAGUAGGCAAGUUUGUCACGAACAAUGGAUUAAUUAUCCAAGAUAAAAACCUUUUCAUUGAUGACAAUAUAGCACCAGCGCUUGAAACCGAAGCAAGAUACUUACAGCAAACCAAAAGAGAUUUAUCAAUUAGCCACGAACCACAUAAAUUUGAUAUAUGCGACAAUAAUGUAGGCCUCAGUUAUCAUGUCGACCAAGCGUUUAAAAAUUUAGAUAAACGGGAUGAAAUAAGAAAAAAUAUAAUCAUGGAAUACAUGGAAAAUAAUAAUAUUAUAAAUAAAGAACUUUUAAAAAUUGGUGUAAAUCAGGAGACUUCCUCAGAAGAAGCAAUUAGAAAAGAAAAAUUGGUCACGCUGAUCAUGUUUGAGGAAACUUCGCUGCGAAAUUGUUUGAAAUGCUACGAAACUGAAUUGUUGAACAUUUACUACAAGUAUGCUACUAUUUGCAAUUCUAAAGAAGUAGGGUUCACGCCUAUAUUGAUUCGUUUAUAUUUAUGGCAAUUAUAUUACGACUGUAAUGUCCACGAGCGAGGUUUAACACUCAUUGAGAUUGAUAGGAUUUAUCACCAAAAUCCUGAAUGGCUUGCAAGGUCUGCUCACAAUCCGUUCGAGAAGAUUUACUUUUGGCAGUUCUUACAUAGUGUAAUUUCGGUUGCUAGUAGAUUAUAUGCAAAAAGAGUAUUGCCUGGUGCUAAACCGGACACAAUCAUAGCAUGUGCUCUUAGAAAUUUCAUGGAUAAUGAUGUUAUUCCGGGAACUAGUCGUCAGAGAGGUCACCUGGUAAAUGGUUUCGGUCAAUUUGUACCGUUAAGAGCCACCUACGACCUAUAUCGCAGUUUGGGAGAACCACACACAGUGCGCACUUUUCUAUGCGCCGUUCGCCGAUCACCACACUUCCUGCACCAUCUUCAACCAGAUCUUGUCGAAGUACCCGAUAUAUACCUGCCGUUAGGGAGGAACGUUUAUAUAUUUGGAGAUGAAUUGUCCUUUGUUGUUGAUGAUAACGAGCUCCCUGAUAUUUUUGAAUUACCAGAAGAUAUUGAGAAUUUAAAAUUGUUCAACUUCGGCAACUUAUCAAGCAAAGCUAUCAUAAAAAUAUUUUCAAGAAUAUUUCCACAGUUAUGUGAACAAAAUAAAAUUAUGAAUCUAGACAUAGAACUUUCGUUUUUCGAAUUUUUUCAAGCUUUAAUUUCAUGCGCUGAAGAAAGCAUUCGCGUAAGAGAUGAAGAACUGAAGUAUAAAGAAAUGGUUAUGUACAAUGAAACUAUAGCACCACCAAGUACACCAGCGGGACACGGUGCAAGAUCUAAAUGAAUAAAAACCAAUAAAAAUUUCCAAUUGAUGAUGUCUUCUCCGCCCUGGCUGCUCAACAGGGUGAUUCGAUCGGACCUCACACACAACCACGGCAC